AAAAUAACCGUAUUUUAGAAUAGUGUACCUAUAGUUUCUACAGCAUAACUUCAAACUGACAAGGUAUUUCAUUGGAACAUCUGUAAGGUGAUGGUCAUUAAAACAAUAUCGUGUCACGUGCAAGAUUUGUUAGCAUUGACUCGCACAGACAUUUCCAUGAUUUUAUUUUGUAGUACAUGUAUAUGGACACUUUAUCUGUUUCAUUUUUGGGAAACGCACGCAACUGGGUUAAAAUGCUAAACAAAAAAAGAUACGAGAUGAUGGCAGUUGAUCUUUGACUUUCUUGUGUUUAUGUCGGUGUGAACAAACAUUAACUAAAAUUAAAAUAUAUGCAUAAGGCAAACUAUUAAAGAGAAGUUGUUUACUGGUACACUGUAAAUGACUGAAUCUAUAUCGUAUGUGACGAGACGCAAGAUUCUACAGACAUCAACCAGGGGUCAAAUUAAACGAUCCGAGAUAUCGUAAAUAACAAUACAAAAGACAUCGACUUAGGAAUUACAACACCAUUGCAACAUACUUUAAAAAUUCAGUUUAUUUGGUUGGGCUCAUCCGUACCAAGUCAGCUAUAAUGUCAGACACAGAAUCAAUGGAACGAGGACUUAUGGCAGAAAAUGUAUCUAUGGUGCAUAAACCACCUCACAAAGUAUGGCCCAAGUGCUUUACCAUAACUGUCAUCGUUACCCUAGUAACCGCAUCAUUGUUGCUAGGCAUCUGGGUAACAGUGUCCGAAUUCCAAAAACUAAAAUCAAACCAGGAGGAGAGUCAACAGAAGAUACAAGAAGUUGUUAAGGCGCAACAACAAAGAGAUAAUAUGAUAAGUAAACUAAAGCACAAAAUACACCACUUGCAACGAGAAGUACAUCCACAGGGAACAGUCUUAACCCGCAAAGUGGAUUCAAAAAUACAUAGUGGUAAAGUUAAACACGCAAAGGAGAGUGGGAGCUGAUGGAAUAACACAAUGAUUGCACUGUACAUAGUUCAAAAUGUAUAUAUCUGAAAGCAUUGACUAUCGAUAGUAGAUUGAAACUGUAUAUAAUUGAUGGGGACUACUGGUAUUAUUGAAAAUGUAUAUGUUGACAUUAUAGACAACAAAUAUUUAUGCCAUAGACAAUUCCAUUUACAUUUAAUACAACUACAGUAAAACCUGCCUGAUGGAACACCUUUCUGCAAGGAACAGUUUUCAAAAGAAUCAAAUAUUUUUUUACAAUUGUUAACGUGUUUACGUAAGGAACAUGUCAGCUUGGA